AUGGCUAUCGAGCAAUGGUUUUACCUUGACUCUACUUCUGGGGGUCUUGUCUUGGGAGCGAUUGCUAUAACAUUUUUGCUCCUUGAGAUAAGGGCACGAAAGCUGAAUCCAUCCCGAUUGCCAGUCUUCAAUGACAGGAAAUGGUGGGAAUUUGGCUAUGGUAAAGCAACAAAACGGUAUAUCGAUGAUCCAGAGGGAUUGAUAAGGGCCGGGCUUAAGAAGGGCGGGGAUGCAUUUUAUCUGUGCACAGAGUCACAUUUUCGCUUGAUCCUAGGCCCGAAAUAUGCCGAUGUGAUUGGAGGUGAUAACCGAUUCGAUUUGGGAAAGUUUAUAGGAGAGGAUUUUCAUGAAGGAGUACCGGGAUUUGAGCCAAUUGCGAACGUUGCCUUAGAAUCUAGGGUUAUACAGAACGCUGUGAAGACAAAACUCUCACGUCAGACUCCCAAACUCGUCGAUCCGCUCUCCGAAGAAACAGGGUUGGCCCUAGAUCGUCACUGGACUGAAGAAACAGAAUGGCACCAAGUCAACCUGAGAUACACAGCGAGUCAAAUCGUGGCACAAAUGGUAUGCCGAGGAUUUCUCGGUGAUAAAGACCUGUGUAAGAACCAAGAAUGGCUAGAUCUGAUGUUUGAAUUUCUGGAAAACACGUUUAUCGCCGCUCAUGAGUUACGCCGAUGGCCAAUGCCUAUGAGAUGCCUUGCUUCCCGAUUUAUUCCAAAAUGUCGAGAGGUUCGGGUACAGCUUCGAGAGGUCGAGAAAUACCUAAAUCCUCUGCUUGACAAAGAAAUUGGCCCUGAUUCAGAGAUGAAUGCGCUUGCGUGGGUCAAGGAGCUCACACUUGCGCUUGCUUCACUGGAUACAUCCAGUGAUUUGAUUGCAAAGGCUAUCUGCGACCUCUCCGAGAAUCCGGCUCUGGUGAAUGACAUUCGAAAGGAAAUCAUUGAGGUUGUCGGAAAAGAGGGUUUGACCAAGUCAUCUACACAACGGCUAUACCUUCUGGACAGUGCAAUUAAGGAAUCCCAAAGGCUCAGCCCACUCGGAUACAGCAACAUGGAGCGACUCGCCAAAGAGAAGGUGGUUUUACCUGAUGGGUUGAUUAUCCCAAAGGGAACUGCAAUCAUGGUAUCAUCAUGUCAUAUGAUGGACUCCUCAGUUUGGCCGAAUGGGGGCAAAUACGACGGCUACCGAUUUGCAAAUUUGCGCAAGAACGCGAAAAAUUCUUUGACAAGCCCCUACCAGCUUACCUCGACGAGUGCGGAUCAUAUGGGCUUUGGACACGGCAAACAGGCAUGUCCUGGAAGACACUACGCUGCAAUGUUUCUGAAAGUAGCGCUGUGCCACAUUAUCCUGAAGUAUGAUUUCAAUGUGAUCCUACCGGAAGAAGGCCGCGUUCAGCUGCGUGGGCAUAAUAUCCUACCGCACUCAAACAUCAAAAUCAACCUUAGACGACGGAAAGAAGAAAUAUCUUUGUGA